AUGCCCGGCUCUAUUGCGGCGGUUCGGCCGCAGGCUGCCGAUGAGAAGUCGGUGGUUGUCUUGCAGGACGAUAGGGAUGGUGAUAGCCCGUCUGUCACGGAGGUUCUCCAGGAGAAACCCAGAAGGACGUGGAAGUCCUACCUGUGGGACACGUUCGACAAGUCGCCUGAGGAGCGCCGGUUUCUGUUCAAGCUCGAUGCUGUGUUGAUGACGCUGGCUUCUCUGGGGUAUUUUAUUAAGUACCUUGAUCAAGUCAACAUCAACAAUGCCUUUGUGUCUGGCAUGAAGGAGGACCUGAACCUCUUCGGGAAUGAGCUGAAUUACAUGCAAGUAUGCUGGACUGUGGGCUACGUCUUGGGAGAGAUCCCUAGUAAUUUGUUGCUCACGCGUAUCCGUCCUGGAAUAUGGAUCCCCAUUUGUGAGGUGACUUGGUCGAUCCUCACAAUCCUGUUGGCAAAAUGUCAAACCGCCACUCACGUCUACGUCUUGCGUUUCUUCAUCGGCCUGGCAGAGAGCACAUUCUACCCAGGGAUGCAGUACAUCAUCGGGUCAUGGUACCGCAAGGACGAGCUGGCCAAACGCUCGUGUCUGUUCCACGCCAUGGGUAAUGUCGGCUCCAUGGUAUCAGGCUACCUGAUGGCGGGCGCCCACAACCUUGAUGGCGUACACGGCUAUCACGGAUGGCAAUGGCUCUUCAUCACUAACACGAUCGUGUCGCUGCCUAUCGCCAUCUCAGGCUUCUUCUUCCUGCCGGACUUGCCUGAGAUCACCAAAGCGUGGUACUUUACGCCGGACGAGAUCCUCCUCGCGCAGAAGCGCAUGCGGCUGGAGGGCCGCGCGCAGCGUGCCCCGUACACGAAAGCCAAGUUCAAGAAGAUCUUCUCGAGCUGGCACAUCUGGACGCUGGUGACGCUGUACAUCAUCUUCAACAACGGCAAUGGCGGUUCGUCGCAGCCGGCAUUCCCGCUGUGGCUCAAGGGCGAGGGCUACACGCUGCGCGAGGUCAACAUCUACCCAACCAUCACCGAGGUCGUGAGCAUCGUCACCACCCUCAUAUACGCCUGGACGUCCGACAGCCUGUUCCGCGGCGCGCGAUGGCCCGCCAUCGUCUUCUCCGGCCUCGUCAAGAUUGUCGCCUACGUGCCGCUCACGGUCUGGGCCGUCCCUGAUGCGCUCAAGUGGGCGGCCUUCAUCCUCUGCGGCUUCGGCGGCGGCAUCAGCGGACUGACAUUUGCGUGGGCGCACGAGAUCUGCAGCGAUGACAAUGAGGAGCGCGCGCUUGUCACGGGCGCCAUGAAUCAGAUGGCGUAUGUGUUCCAGGCGUGGCUGCCGCUCGUUAUCUGGCAGCAGGUCGAGGCGCCGGCGUACCCGAAGGGGUAUCCUAGCAUGGUUGGACUGUCGGUGGCGCUGAUUGUGAUUGCGUUUGUCAUUCGGUUUCUGCAUAAGCGGGAGGCCCGGCUUAAGGCUGUUGCGGUUGGGCGCGAUGUUGCUUGA